AAGGGUGUGUGUCCUGUAUUUGUGUAUAUGUGUGUGUGUGAGUGUGUGUGUGUGUGUUGAGCCACUUGACAGUAGGUUUUUACUUACUGAGUAAAAUGUUGCUUAGGCAAUGCUUCUUUUUUAAAGAUAAUUUUUAAGUUUGGCUUGUGUGUGUGAGUGUUUGUGUAUGUGCUGAAGAGGAGUGAGAGAGAAAGAGGCACAGCGCUGAAGAGGAAGAGAGCUGAGCGGAUUCACUUCAAAUCUGGAGGAUUUCUAGAGUCUCCUCCAGCCGAGAAGUGAGAGUACAGGCUUUAAUUCAGGAAAUCACUCGGACAGACACGUCUCGACUCUGUGGAUGGAUGAUCGCUGCUGCAGAAUGAGGGCUCUUUGUUUGAACUUUGCCAUCACCUGUCUGUGGCUCCUUCCCUGCACGGUACAAGAGUCAUCCAAUCCUUUAGACCUUAAGAGCAAACAGUGGAGGGAGGAGGAAGCAGGAGGAGAAGAAGCUGAAGGAGCAGCUUUGAAGGUUAAACAUGUAUCCAAAGACUUACAAAUCAUCUCCACCAAACACAAAACACACAAAUACGGCUUGCUAAGCCCCUAUGGCUGGCCGCAGAACUUUUCACAAGCUCCAGACCAGUACCUGUACGGUGCUCCUCCCAAAUCCAAGCCUCCUGUCAAAACGUCCCCCAAGGCCAAGAAGCUCCUGGGCUGGGGGGAUUUCUACUUCAACGUGAAAACUGUGAAGUUCAGUCUUCUGGUGACUGGAAAGAUUGUGGACCACAUCAAUGGAACAUUCAGCGUCUACUUCCGUCACAACUCUUCUCAUCUGGGAAACAUAUCUGUCAGCAUCGUCCCACCAUCCAAAACAGUAGGAUGGGAGGUUCUUGAUGGUACAGCUGCCAGCACCCCCAAUAAAAACUUUGUCCUGUUCCCAGAUCUGAGCCCCCCUCAGUCUACCAGCUCGACUCCUACUGAUCAUCAGAUGGUGUCCGAGCUCAACUGCCGCAUUGAUUACCAGCGAACCAACAGAUCCAAGAAGACCAAGCCAUGCAUGUACGACCCAGGGCAGACCUGCUACUCAGAAAACACACAAUCCCAGGCAGCUUGGAUCUGCGCCAAACCCUUCAAGGUUAUAUGCAUCUUCAUCGCCUUCACCGGCACGGACUACAGGCUGGUGCAGAAAGUCUGUCCGGAUCACAACUUUCAGGCAGAGCAAAACCAGCAGCACCUUGGAUGAUCAGAGACACUAAAA